AUGGGCAAGAAAUCUAAACCUCAGUCUGAGACUAAGAGCCAGACAACUGUCUCUGACGGUCCUUCAUUGCUCGGCGGUGUCGCUCUGGACCCAACCUUGUCCUCCCUUUUCAGUCAAAGUUCUGGACCUGUGAAAGCCCCCGCGGUUCAAUAUGUCAACGUGCACCCUAAGUCAACAAGACAAGACAAGGCCGACGAAGAUGAUAUCGCAUCGGAUGAAGGCUCAGUUGCCUCGGGAGAUGAAGUGAUGGAGGAUGCUUCUGAUGCUAGUGAGACUGAGUCCACUGAGGAAUCGGCACCGGAACCCCAGAACCGCAAGCGCAAGCGUGGACCCGCUGGAGAGGACGUAGAGGAGACAUACAUGCGUCGCAUCGCCAAGGAAGAAGAGAAAGAAGAAGAGAAGAGAAAGGCCGAGUAUGCGAAGCGCCAGAAGCCUACUGAGGAAGAAGGCAGCGAUGCAUCUGAAGGUGAGGAUUCCGAGGCCGAGGACAGUGACGAGGAAAAGGCUCCAGCUCCGGUCCACGAGAGUGUGUCAGGUACUCAAAAGGCCAGCGAGGUCGAGAAGUCCAACCGUACAGUGUUCUUGGGUAAUGUCUCCACCGAGGCCAUCAAAUCUAAGACCGCCAAGAAGACCCUUCUUCGGCACUUGGCCUCCUUCUGCUCCGAUCUGCCGGAAUCAACUGGCCCGCACAAAGUCGAAUCGCUUCGAUUCCGCUCUGUUCCAUUUGCUAGCGGUGGUGGACUUCCCAAGCGGGCGUCUUUUGCCCGACAGGAGAUUCUUGAUGAUACCACUCACAGUACCAAUGCCUAUGCCGUCUACUCUACUGUCCAGGCCGCUCGGAAAGCAUCUACUGUGUUGAACGGAACCAUAGUCCUGAACCGCCACCUUCGCGUCGACAGCGUUGCUCACCCGGCCGAAAUUGACCAUAAGCGUUGUAUUUUCGUGGGUAACCUAGACUUCGUGGAUAAUGAAGGUCCUGUGGAGGAUGCUACAGGCAAGAAGAAGAAGGUCAGACCUUCUGCUGAUGUUGAGGAGGGUCUCUGGCGCACCUUUAACGAACACACCGGAGAUAAGGGCAAGGGAACCAAGAAGAGCGUUGAAUUUGUUCGUGUGAUCCGAGAUCGCUCAACUCGCGUUGGAAAGGGCUUUGCCUACGUUCAGUUCUACGAUGGCAACGGCGUUGAACAAGCCCUGCUUCUUAAUGAGAAGAAGUUCCCCCCGAUGCUUCCCCGGAAACUGCGCGUCACCCGUGCCAGAAAGGUUUCCAAGAAGCGUGAGGACAGUGGUGGAAGAGAUUCGAAGAUGGCAGAGGCCCAAAAGACUAUGCAGGGUCGUGCAGGCAGAUUGCUUGGUCGGGCUGGCGCCGCCAAGGUUAAGGCGGAGGCAAAGAGCACCAUCGCUGGAAACUCAUUCAUCUUUGAGGGUCACCGAGCCACUGAGAAGGGUGCUUCAUCUCAGAUGAAGCUCAGGGGCAAGAGUCGUGGGUCCAAGGCUAAAAAGAACGCCCGCAGCAGUAAGCGGGCAGCAGCAUACAAGGCUGCUGGUGGACAGAGACCUUGA